AUGUUCUCCACAGACCUUCUGACACUGUUUGUAGCUGUUGCAAGCGUUGGCGGAGCGCUUGCAUUACAGAGACCGUUCUCUGGCCGCAGCUCCAGUCUAUCGGCUGGUAACAACGCUGCAGCCAGGGUCCAGUUCGAGCCCGUUGACACUAUAAGCAACGUCGACGCUUUCACGGAUUAUGACGCUGGCCUUUUUACUCCAUUGGAAGACCUGACAUAUGUUUUGAGUGGAGAGUUCACAUCCUUGAACCAUCCUACUUUCCCGAAGUACAGCGUGCGUAUCAAGAAGUCUGACUUUUGUGACGGCACUGUAGGCGCAUACACUGGCUAUAUCGACGUAGAAGCUCGCCAUCUGUUCUUCUACUUCUUCGAGAGCAGACGAGACCCCGAUAAAGACGAUGUUAUAUUCUGGACAAACGGCGGGCCUGGCUGUUCCUCCUCCCUUGGUCUGUUUAUGGAGCUUGAUCUCUCAAGUAAUCUUGUCAUAGGUCCUUGCAGAGUCACAAGCCCGGAUAAUAUGACGUACAACCCAUACUCAUGGAAUGAACAGGCGAAUAUCUUUUUCAUUGACCAACCAGUCGGCGUUGGAUUCUCAUAUGCAGAUUAUGGAGAAUCAGUAAACACAACACCGGAGGCCGCCAAGGAUAUCGCAGCCUUCGUAGCCAUAUUCUUUGAACAUUUCAGCAAGUUCAAGGGUAGAGCAUUCCACAUGGCUGGCGAAUCAUACGGGGGCCGAUAUAUCCCUGUGUUUGCCGCUGAGGUAUAUGACCAGAACGUAAAACUGGUUGAUGCAGGGAUGACUCCUAUUAAUCUGAGCUCUAUUAUGAUUGGAAACGGAUGCACCGACGAUCUCACAAUGCUCUCUUCCUACUACGACAUGCAAUGCAGGCCGAUGUCAGUUCCCCCUAUUCAGGAUAUUGCGUCCUGCAUACGCAUGAAACAAGCACUCCCGCGUUGCGAGAAGUGGUUCACAGAAUCCUGCAGAGACCAAUUCGACAGCAUUGGCUGCGAAGCAGCUAAUGUUUUCUGCUAUUCAGAGAUCGCUGAACCAUUCGACCGAACCGGUUAUAAUCCGUAUGAUAUCAGUCAAUUUUGUGAUGGUACUGUUGAAGACACGUUAUGCUACCCGGUCACCAAAGCAAUUAGCACAUACUUGGACAGGCCAGACGUUCGCUCCACCAUAGGCGCGGAUCCGUCUUUCACAGGGAAUUUCAGUGGUUGCAGUGAUGCAGUGGGCAUGGCCUUCUAUGAGGCUGACGACUCCUUGUUCCCAACACAAUUUUACAUCGCAGCUCUGCUCGAGCGAGGUAUACGCGCCCUCAUAUAUGUCGGCGCGAAUGACUGGAUAUGCAACUGGGUGGGUAACGAGCGCAUGACGCUUGCACUAGAAUGGUCGGGACAACAAGAUUUUGCUGCAGAGCCCCUUAGAGGAUGGAAGGUAGACGGAGAUUUUGUUGGAUUGACGCGAACUGCGGGCCCCCUGACAUUCGUAACAAUCGACGGUGCCGGGCACAUGGUUCCAUACGACAAGCCUAAGCAUUCCUUGGAGCUAGUAACGCGGUGGCUGUCAGGAUCCGACCUGUAG